CGGGCAAGCAUAGGGAAUUCGGCGCGCGAAACCGACAGCAGGAAGGAACACAGGACUCGACGGCGACGUAAGCACUGAGUCUAUCUAACUUAAUCCAUAAUCGACAAACAUCUACAUUAAUAUGGCAGAUCCCAAGGACGCACAAGAAGAACAUGAUCCAGACACUGCAGAAGACUCCAACCAUGACCCCCAAUUUGAGCCCAUCGUCUCCCUCCCUGAGCAGGAGGUGAAGACACUAGAGGAGGAUGAGGAGGAGCUUUUCAAAAUGCGGGCCAAGCUCUACCGCUUCUCCUCUGACAACGACCCCCCAGAGUGGAAGGAGAGGGGAACCGGGGACGUGAAGCUGCUGAAACACAAAGAGAAGGGCACCAUUCGCUUGCUCAUGAGGAGAGACCGGACCUUGAAGAUCUGCGCUAAUCACCAGAUUACUACGAUGAUGGAGCUGAAGCCCAACGCUGGCAGUGACAGAGCCUGGGUAUGGAACACACUAGCAGACUUUGCAGACGAAAGCCCAAAGCCUGAACUUUUGGCGAUACGUUUUCUCAAUGCAGAAAAUGCCCAGAAAUUUAAGGUGAAGUUUGACGAGUGCAAGGAGGAGGUCAGAAAAUCGACUGAGGAGGAUUCAGAUGAUGAGACCACAAAGAAAGUUGCAGAGAAACUGGAGGAGCUCUCUGUAAAGGAAGACAAGACGGUGGAGGAGAAGGACCAAGUAGAGGAGAAGAAAGAAGACGUGAAGGCGGAGGAGAAGAAAUGAGAGAAUUACGAACUUGCUUUGCAGAUCCUAUUUUUCAGUUUCCCCCCCACCCCCUUUUUUCUACAAUAGACUGUAUUGAACUGAAUUUGGACACUUGCAUUUUUGAAUUAUUUUUAAGUGGGUUUUUUCCCUCCUUCUCGGGGCCUCCUAAAAUGGAGGUCGGAGCGACUCAUCCCAAACUAAAAGCGGCAAAAUGUAAUCAUCUCUUUUGCUCCCAGUUCUGUUUUUCUUGCACCAUGGAACGUCUCCAUCUUCCAUUCUAUUCAUCACCAAUGAUCUCUUCAGACAAACUGAUUUGAGGCUUGUGAUGUCUAGUAUUCCCACAUUGGGGUAUCGUUUUUUUUGUUUUAAUUUUGUCAUUCGGCAGCAGUUAGUUUUUGUAGGAAGAGAGGUUGACGGCCUGCUCGGUUGGAAGAGGUCGAAACGGACUCGGAUCGUGUCUGUCUGAAACUCCACCGUUUAGCCAACAGAAUUGCCUUGUAGGAAGUCUGUAUCUUCCUAGGGGUUAGCCCACGCCAGUGGGUUACUCUGGAUAGAGCAGAAAGGAUCCACUCCCAAGGGUUGAGAUUCAGGAUGUAUGCUGUGAAAUGCAGUCCCUCCACUGACAUGGUUGACCAUUUUAUCACACAAAACUUAAUCGCACGCCUAAUUAAUUUGUUACAUUUACAGAAUCAAAAGCCAACGGUUAUUCCGAUUUUGUUGUCUGCUGAACAUCCUAAGCGGGGGCCAGUAGUCUGUGUGUGUAGUCCAUAACAUUCCCUCAGAUUUAAAGCAUGUAGAUUAUGUAAAAUAGAAGAGUGGGACUAUGCCCUAUCAGAUGUGUGUGCUCAUUACCAUAUCAGUAACCUGGUAAUUGUUUAUUUUUUUUUAUUACACCCCUUGCCUCGAAGUGCAUCUAAUUGCCAGUGCAUCUGUAAAUACCUGUGUAUAUGGAUGGAAUGUUGCUGUUCAGUUGCACUCAAAUGGUUUGAAAUAUUUCCUCCACCUUCAAAUAAAAUCUCUAAGACCAUGCUUGCUGUAGUGAAAAUCUCCCACCAUCUUAAGUACUGAGAGGUUGUAAUGUAAGAUGACAUGGAUGUAUGGUUAUUAAAACUGUUUAAAACCAUUAAGUCUA